AUGGUGAGUUAUACUCUGGUGCAUGCCAAGCUCGGCUUAGCGUCUUGGCUUACCGUAAGUUGCAUAGACGAUUCUGAGCAGGCCAACUGCCACCGCCAGUGGAAGAACUCCAAGCCCGAGGAGCAUGACCCCAGCUUCGUCCAUGAGCUGAUUGCCGGCGCCGCUAGCUAUGAAGCUGCCAAGGCCUAUGAGGAGCACGAGGAGCGCGAGGGCAAGCCGGAGAGCCACGAGAAGGCCAAGGAGAUCAUGGCUGGUUUUGCCGGUGCUUUCGUGGACCGCGAGGUUGAGACCCGGGGUCUGGACUUCGUCGAUAAAGAGAAGGCCAAGCAUCGCGCCCGCCAGCACAUUGAGAAAGUUUCUCGUGAGGAUGCUGGCUGGUAA